CUAACAUCACAGAGACUGUGGGUGGCUGCAGCUGCUGCUGCUGCUGCUGCUGCUAGGAUGGGAAACAGGAAGUGAACGUCACUGACACAGGAAUGGGACUGAAAAAAGAAAACACCAUCAUGAUGAGGAGAAUGUCAAAUCCACUCGUGUAGGAAACAAGAAAUUCUCGUUUCAACUCCAGGAAAAAAGGAUGCAUAGUCGAGUCCGAGCAGGAAUUGAGGCAUCGGGAAGGGCACCGGCGCGUUGCUAAAUGGAGUCGGAGCAGCUGUACCACAGAGGCUACUGCAGGAACAGCUACAACAGCAUCGCCAGCGCCAGCAGCGACGAGGAGCUGCUGGAUGGAGCCGGCGCCGUCAUGGACUUCCACACCACCGAGGAUGACAACCUGCUGGAUGGGGACGCUGCCUCCCCAGGCUCUAACUACGUCAUGUCUAACGGGGGCGGGGCACCCAGCAGCACCACCCACCUGUUGGACUUCCUAGAGGAGCCCAUCCCUGGGGUGGGGACCUACGACGACUUCCACACCAUCGACUGGGUCCGUGAGAAGUGCAAGGACCGCGAGAGGCACCGGAAGAUUAACAGUAAGAAAAAGGAUUCAGCAUGGGAGUUCACAAAGAGCCUGUACGAUGCCUGGUCCGGCUGGCUGGUGGUGACGCUCACCGGCUUGGCCUCAGGUGCUUUGGCUGGCCUGAUUGACAUUGCUGCUGAUUGGAUGAACGACCUGAAGGAGGGCGUGUGUCUGAGCGCCAUGUGGUUCAACCACGAGCAGUGCUGCUGGACGUCCAAUGAGACCACCUUCGCUGAGCGGGACAAGUGUCCUCAGUGGAAGACCUGGGCUGAGCUAAUACUGGGGCAGGCCGAGGGGCCCGGCUCGUACAUCAUGAACUACUUCAUGUACACCUACUGGGCGCUGUCCUUCGCCUUCCUGGCCGUCUGUCUGGUCAAGGUGUUUGCUCCCUACGCCUGCGGCUCGGGGAUCCCUGAGAUCAAGACCAUCCUGAGUGGGUUCAUCAUCCGGGGCUACCUUGGCAAGUGGACCCUGCUGAUCAAGACGAUCACUCUGGUGCUGGCGGUGGCGUCUGGCCUCAGCCUGGGGAAGGAGGGGCCUCUGGUCCACGUGGCCUGCUGCUGUGGGAACAUCUUCUCCUACCUCUUCCCCAAGUACAGCAAGAACGAGGCCAAGAAACGAGAGGUUCUCUCUGCUGCGUCGGCGGCUGGGGUGUCUGUUGCUUUUGGAGCUCCGAUUGGAGGAGUGCUCUUCAGCUUGGAGGAGGUGAGCUACUACUUCCCUCUCAAGACGUUGUGGCGCUCCUUCUUCGCCGCCCUGGUGGCGGCCUUCGUCCUGCGCUCCAUCAACCCGUUUGGUAACAGCCGUCUGGUGCUGUUCUACGUGGAGUACCACACGCCCUGGUACCUGUUCGAGCUCAUCCCUUUCAUCCUUCUGGGAGUGUUCGGAGGCCUCUGGGGCGCCUUCUUCAUCCGAGCCAACAUCGCUUGGUGCCGGCGGCGCAAGUCGACACGCUUCGGCAAGUACCCGGUGUUGGAGGUGAUCUUGGUGGCGGCCAUCACAGCUGUGUUUGCUUUCCCGAACCCGUACACGCGUCAGAACACCAGCGAGCUGAUAAAGGAGCUGUUCACCGACUGCGGCCCGCUGGAGUCCUCGCAGCUCUGCCAGUACCGCAGCCAGAUGAACGGCAGCAAGGCCUUCACCGACAACCCCAACCGGCCGGCGGGGCCCGGCGUCUACGCCGCCAUUUGGCAGCUCUGCCUGGCGCUCGUCUUUAAGAUCAUCAUGACUAUAUUCACCUUUGGACUCAAGGUACCGUCAGGUUUGUUCAUCCCCAGCAUGGCCAUCGGGGCGAUCGCAGGGCGGAUCGUUGGCAUCGCCGUGGAGCAGCUGGCCUAUUAUCACCACGACUGGUUCUUGUUUAAGGAGUGGUGCGAGGUCGGAGCAGACUGCAUCACUCCAGGGCUCUACGCCAUGGUGGGGGCCGCGGCAUGUCUGGGCGGUGUGACCCGUAUGACCGUCUCCCUGGUCGUCAUCGUCUUCGAGCUGACGGGUGGGUUGGAGUACAUCGUCCCCCUCAUGGCAGCAGUCAUGACCAGCAAAUGGGUGGGCGACGCGUUUGGCCGCCAGGGAAUCUACGAGGCCCACAUCCGUCUGAACGGUUACCCCUUCCUGGACGCCAAGGAGGAGUUCACACACGUCACACUGGCGAGGGAGGUGAUGAGGCCUCGACGCAGCGACCCGCCGUUAGCGGUGCUGACGCAGGACGACCUGACGGUGGAGGAGCUGCAGAGCACCAUCAAUGAAACCAGUUUUAAUGGUUUCCCUGUGAUAGUGUCCAUGGAGUCCCAGAGGCUGGUGGGCUUCGCUCUGCGCAGGGACAUCACCAUCGCUAUAGAAAAUGCUCGUCGCAAGCAGGAGGGCAUCAUGUUGAACUCAAGGGUGUACUUCACCCAGCACGCACCCACCCUGCCGGCCGACAGCCCUCGGCCCCUCAAACUGCGCUCCAUCCUGGACAUGAGCCCCUUCACCGUCACAGACCACACCCCCAUGGAGAUCGUGGUGGACAUCUUCAGAAAGCUGGGGCUGCGACAGUGCCUGGUCACUCACAACGGGAUUGUUUUGGGCAUCAUCACAAAGAAGAAUAUAUUAGAGCAUCUGGAGGAGCUCAAGCAGCACACGGAGCCCCUGGCGGCUUCUUGGUAUUAUCACAAAAAAAGAUAUCCUUCGUCACAUGGCUCAAAUGGCAAACCAAGAUCCCGAGUCCAUCAUGUUCAACUGAUCCGCUCCUUCCAGGACGGCCGGGGGGGAGGGGGAGACAACAGCGAGGAGGAGGAGGUGCACCUCCUGGACGGCUCCAAUCUCUGACAUUAGGACCCCGUUUUUUUUUUUGUUUUUAGCUUUGUAGACCCUGAUCCGCGCGGACUGACUGUGCCCCCCCCCUCCAGACACUUACCGGCCAUGAGAGAGAAAAGACAUGAUACAAGACUUUGUUAUUAUCAUUCUGGCUGCUGAGGCCGCGGGUUGAAGGCACACACAUGAGGAAUGCACUUUUUACACACACACACACACACACACAAAUCACAUGAACACACACUUUUGCACUUGCAGACACCUCAAACAUGCAUGCUCUCUCUUCACAUACACAUAACCUGUAAAAGAUACACCCAGUUGCACUCUUCAUGUGCCUCACCCUUGUCCUGUCUCCGCUGAGCUCGCCUAGCAGGGGUCAAAGGUCGGAAUGAACCGCAGAUGAGGGACGCGAUGAGGGACCUUUGGAACCUCCAGGCGUCUGUUCAAAUAAAACCCACUUUCCUCAUCCCCCCCCCCCCCCCCUGCACACACACCAGACCUGUCCGUCCUCCAGAGAAGAAAUACGUUGUGAAUUAAGUGUGUGUGUGUGUGUGAGAGAACGUGUGUGCGUGUCCUACCGCCACCACAUUCCAGCACCUGCUCCUCACCCCAAAAAAUGGUGAGUGUGUGUGAGUGUGUGUGUGUGUGUGUGUGUGUUAUCAGAGGAAAGUUUAACGCUCCAUCUUUGGAAGCAUGAACCUAAUGUUCUCUCUCUUUGUCCACGUUACUUUGAUUAAAUAGUAUUUCCCAACAGUUGAGUGUUUGAUUAAACUUGUGUGUCAGAUGUGGAGGCAUCAGACGGUUAAGAUUUAGAUUUUUAAAUAGAGAUUAAUAAGACGUUAACAAAAAAACAACAGGAAAUCAAAAGGUCACUAAACAACUAACAAUUAUUUCACUAUUGUUUUAAUUAAAAUAACCCACUUAAUGUCUCUAAAUGGCUUGAUUUGUCCGACCACCAGUCGAAAACACACUUUUUGGAAUAAUUCUAUAUAAUAAUACAUCUGCACACCGCUUCCAGGUUGCGCUCAACCUCGUCCAGUCCCUCCAACCUUUCCCUCGUGGUCCUCAGAACAUGUAACGUGUUGUGAUCCUUUAUAAGUGCAAACGAUGAAGGGAAAUGGAGAGACGGUGAAGCUGGGACUAACAGUGGCGGCGGUAGUGUGUGUGUGUGUGUGUGUGUGUGUGUGUGUGUGCGUGUGAGAGUGUGUGUGUGAGGAAGGUCGGGUUCAUCCUGUGUACUUGUUUCCGUAUGGACAGGCAGCAGAGCUUCGUCUUUGUUAACCAGUGGUGUUGCCUAACAUUGUAUUUCAUACUGAUCUCGAUGUUUUCUCCUUUUCUUUUUCUUUUUUUAAUUUAUGGGUAGUGUCGAUAGAGUUGUGCAUUAUUAUGAAGAAUUUUAUGUAUGAUUACAUUGAUUGUUUGAUUGUACAUUUAAAACAAAAAUAUGUAAAGAUUAAAUUUUGUUUUGAAUUAAAAGGAACAAAAAGAUUGAAGUUUA